AUGCCCGGUAUUGCAGAAAUCCAAUCUAUUAGACUUGAAGUCAUCAGCGGAAGAAACCUCAAAGUCCCUUCCAAGCGCAUGCCCGCUGGUAUUUACAUAUCCAUCAAUGUCGACUCAACGAGACGCUGGAAAUCAACCGUCAGAGUCUUAUCAUCCGACAAAUCUGUAGCGUGCGGAGAUACCGUGACUUUAUCAUCUCACGAGUCACCUGCAUUAUCAGUGGAAAUCAGAGCGCCCUACGAGGUCGAUCGAAUGCUUGGAAAUGGAGAAGUCAUUGGACAACUUCACACAUCGUGGGAUGAGCUGCUCGAUCGUGGCGAUGAGCCAUUCGAAUUGUCCUUCCCUCCUGUUCAUGAUGUCAAUCCUUCGCUCACGCUGAAAGCCGCUAUUGUACACGCUUGCGAUAACCAGGACAGCGCACUAUUUGACUCUCUUGUAGACUGCCAGAUUGCUCGAGAGACAGAUGCGGGCCACGCACGAUAUGCCGAAUAUAGGACCACCAAGACAAUCUCUCACCUGAACCAUGCUUUACAACAUUUUCAAUUGGUUUUGGACCGCUGUCCGGUCGACCAUCCUGACCACGCAGCGGCUCUCACCAACCUCGCGUGGGCCCGCCUUCAAGGCUACAUUCGAAACGAUCUCCAAGACAUUGAUACCACCACUUCCCUCUUCCACAAAGCACUUGCAUUGCGUCCGCAGGGCCAUCCAGAUCACGCUUUAUCUCUCUAUCAUCUCAUUUUCGCAUUGAACUGGCGCUACAGCAAGGAGCGCACCGCCGUCUAUAUUCACAAAUCCCUGCAACUGUGCUGCAAGCUACUGCCCCUCUGUCCAGAGGGCACCUACCUUCGUAGCACCAGCGUAGACAGGGAGGUUGAUUAUGCGAUCAGCGGAUGCAACAAACUUCCGAUUGAUGCAUCUGACGAAGGUAUCCACCUUCGACGAGUCGUGCUCGAGCUCUGCCCUCUGGGCCAAAAAUACCGUCCCAGGGCCCUCGACAACCUUGCACAUGCAGUUGAGGUACGCUUUGACCAGCAUGGCAGUAUUGAUGAUCUAGAAGAGAGCAUACAACUUCGUCGUGAAGCCGUUUCUCUGUGUCCCGAGGGACAUUCUGACCGUGGAGCCUACCUGAACAACUUGGCCCUCUCACUCCAAUCCUGCUUUGAUCACCAAGGAAAAUCUCAUGACCUUGAUGAGGUAAUCUCCAUUCACGAAGAAGCACUGUGUCUGUCCCCUGUUGGGCAUGGAUUUCGUGAUUGCGCAUUGGACAACUUAGGGGGCGCCCUCUGCACCCGUUUCAAGAAACACGGUGACGUUGAUGAUAUAAACCGAGGUGUCAGCCUCCAUCGCGAGGCACUGACGUUGUGCCCACCUGGGCAUCCACGUCGUGACACCACGCUUAACAACCUUGCCCUCGCGCUCAAAGAGAGAUAUGACAAAUCGCACGUCAUCGAGAAUCUUAACGAGGCCAUUGUUCUGUAUCGCGAAUCUCUACGGUUAAAGCGGCUUGAUGAUCCAGAGCGCCAUAGAACUCUUUUCAAUUUGAGCUCGGUGCUCUGCUCUCGUUUCACUCGAACUCGGCAGAAUGAGGACGUCGAGGAAGCUAUUCGACUCUGCCAAGAGUCGUUGGUGGUUUUACCUUUACUGCACCCGGAUAGAUACUUCGGUUUGAUGUGGCUACAGGAAGCCUAUCUGUCUCGUUACCAGGUACAACGCAACCCCACUGAUUUGUCACUCGCUGUAGAGAACUACAGACUCGCAUCACGACAUCUCACUCAAGGAUUUCCACCACGCAUCAUUGAGGCUAUAGACUGGGCUCGCCAAGCAGAAGUCUAUCAACAUGGAUCCGCCCUCGAAGCAUACCAAAUGUGCUUGGAGUUGUUCGACAACCACGUGAUGACACGAUCAUCAAUUAUCUCACGGCGCGAGGCUGCAACCGCUUUUUUCGAUGCGCAGUCACUGCCAGUAGAUGCAGCGUCGUGUGCUGUUCGUUCCAAUGAUCUGCAACAAGCGGUCGAACUCGUGGAGCAUGGUCGUGGCCAGCAAUGGUCGCUGGCCUCUCGACUCAGGACUCCACUGGAAGACCUGAAGUCUGCGAGCCCGCAACUCGCUCAAACACUCGCGGAGCUCAGCAAGCGCCUGUCUGAUGCUCAGGGUUCCACUGGGAGCAUUGACAGUGCUGCUGCUGAUCGGGCAGCAACCGAGUAUCGGAGACUUGCAAGGCAGUGGGAAGCUGCAGUGGCUGAAAUCCGUGAUAUUCAAGGCUUUUCACAGUUCCUGCUCCCACCUUCGUACAGGGACUUGCAGGCGGCGGCACGCUAUGGUCCAGUCGUCAUCCUCAUUGCCAGCAGAUAUUCGUGCAGCGCCAUUAUUGUUCCGACGUUAGGACAACCCCAUCAUGUUGCCUUGCCAUCUAUCGCUCUCGCAGAUCUCGAGGAUCUCAAAGAUCGGUUCGCCAGGGCAAUACCGCAAGCAUCGAAAAUGGGCCUAAGGCAGCCACGCAAUGAUCUAAUUGUCCUCUUGCGGGCAGUAUGGGACGAUAUUAUGCUACCCAUCGUCAACGUACUCGAAAAUACACUCAAAUUAAAGCGCCAGUCUCGAAUCUGGCUGUGUCCAACUGCGGCCUUCACAUCUAUUCCUCUCCAUGCAGCUCACCCCUUUCGAACGAAGGCAGAUUGCUCUGGGAAGGAGCCGUGCCUAGAGGAUCUCUACAUCUGCUCUUACACGCCGACACUUUCGGCGCUGAUCAGAUCGAGGCAGAUGAUGAAGAAUCAUGUGCCUCCGUCCUUUGUGGCGAUCGGACAGGGCCAUCCGGGUGCAGGGACAGGCAAGGCGCUCUUAGCUGUCGAUAGCGAGCUCGAGCUUGUCCAUAAGCUUGUCCCUGCGACAGCCAACCGUUCCACUCUUUCUGGUGAUGCAGCCACACGAGCAGGUGCACUCGAAGCCCUGGAACAGAACACCUGGGUGCACCUCGCAUGUCACGGCAAGCAGGACCACAACCAGCCGUACAAUUCCCAUUUCGUCAUGAAGGACGCACCUCUCACGCUGCUUGACAUCAUGGAGAAAGACAUCCCGCACGCUGAAUUCGCGUUCUUGUCGGCGUGUCAUACCGCUGUGGGCGAUAAGGAGACGCCCGACGAAGUCAUCCAUCUCGCAGCUGGCCUUCAGUUUUCGGGGUUCAAGAGUGUCGUUGGCACGCUGUGGGAGGUUGACGAUGCUGUCGCAAAACAUGUCGUCGAGGCUUUCUAUCAGAAUAUGGUCAAGAAGUUGGGGGAUGGGGAGUUCAUGGACUGUACGAAGGCGGCUUGGGCAUUGAACCGUGCUACUCACGCCGUGAAGACAAAGGUGCCGCUUGAGCAGAGGAUGGUGUUCAUUCAUAUUGGUGUGUAG